UUUGGAUCGGUCAAUGAAUUGGUCAAAUGUACGUAGCUCUGAUUUUAGCUUUGUUUACUCCGGAUCAUCCAGUGCACCGUCGUGAUACUCUAGGAGAGGAUUUUCUACAGUUUAACAUACCUUGUGGUAUUUCCAGUGCAUAAACACCAUGUGAAUCUGUGUUCUGGGCGUUUAAGUGGACUAUAAGAAUACCUGAUCAUGUCACCAAAUAAUUACAUCUACCAUGAAGAGGCAGGGCUGUUUCCUCGUGCCAAGGGACUAUGCUGUCGACGGAUCUCAAAGACAAAGAUAUUGGGAGUGUUGCUUUUUGUUGCUAUCGCUCUGUUCAUAUUGAUGCUCAGUAGCCCUCAUUAUGAUCUGAUGAACCAAAAGGAUGAUUCAGGCAUGAAAAGACAUGUACUGCCAAAGGUUACAGAUUACUGGGGCCCAGCAAGCAGACCUGGGCAUGGAAGUAGAUUCAGUGACGACAUUCAAAACAACAUUCCAGUUCACAAAAAGACUGAUCUUCGCCAGAGACUGCCACAGUGUCUUAUCAUAGGUGUGAAAAAGGCAGGCACAGGUGCCAUGGUACAAUAUUUAAAAUUACACCCCGAUAUUGUUAUAGCAGAUAAAGAACUUAACUUCUUUGACUAUGAGAGAAAUUUUAAGCUGGGAUUUGAUUAUUAUAAAUCCUUAAUGCCCCCUUCUUAUGAGGGACAGAUAACCAUGGAAAAAACUUCAAAUUAUUUUCACAACAAAGACACUGAAUGGCGUGUGUACAGUAUGAACACUUCUAUGAAAAUGAUUUUACUAGUUCGAGAACCUAUUGCUCGUGCAGUUUCUGAUUACCUCCAGAGAAAACUGAAGGAUAAAACCACAAAAGAAUUGACACCUUCAUUUGAAGAAUUAAUUAUUCGUCCAAAAAAUGGAAAGAUAAAUGAAGGAUAUCCAGGAAUUCGUCCUUCAUUCUAUUACAAACACAUGUUGAGAUGGCUUAAAUACUUCCCUCUUGCGCAAAUCCACAUCGUCGAUGGUGAUAACUUGGUGCGGAAUCCUUACGAGGAAGUUCAUGCAGUGGAAAAGUUUCUUGGAUUACCUCACUUAAUAACACCAGAUAGAUUUGUGUUUAGUGAUAAAAAGGGAUUUUACUGCAUGUCUAUUGAUGGUUUCAAUGGAACGAGACAAGAGCAGUGUUUAUCAAGAGGCAAGGGUCGGAAGCACCCAGAUAUAGAUGAAGGAGUAAUGGAAAUGUUAACAGACCUUUUUAGACCACUUAAUAAACAGUUUUACAAGUUAAUAGGCAGGAAGUUUGACUGGUAGGCAAGGAAGGAUCAGUGAAAAAACACAACAUCAUGAAUUGUUCUGCAUUAACUGUCUUCUCUAUGAGAUCCUUCUGUUUAUUUUUCAUUAAUGUGAUCUGAAAGAAAGUGUAUAUAUAAACUAUCAAUUUAGUAUUAACUCUGACGAUGGAACUACAUGGACCCUUUUUACAUCUAUUAGUUAAUGCGAUAGCUGAUGUUACAUUUAUGUAUAGAGACCAAAGAUCAAGAGCUAGUCAUAGCCAAUGUCCCAGCAUUAAGAAUUCCAUACAGGUUAUCUCCCUUUAACAAUACAAGGAGAAAUCGUUUAUUGCAGAAAAUCAGAUACUUUUUUACAUAAAAAUGUGAUACUUUAUUAGAAGAUAGAAAUUGAGGCUAUUUCCAGAUGAAAACAUUGUUUAAUCAAUGUAAAUUUAUUGUAUCAACUUGCCAAUUACAUAAUUGGCACUCCUAUUUUUUAAAUAAUUGAAUACAGAAAGUGUUAUUUUAGUUUUAAUGGGUUUUUUAUUAGUGUAAUUUGUAAAGAAAGAUAAAUUUGUUUGUUGUUUUUCAUUCCCAUUGCUUAAUUUAGUUUUCAGUAUUUUUAUUCUCACUGAUAGCUCUCAUUAUUUUUAUUUGAAAUCACU